UCUCUUAAUUUGAAUUUUGUUUAAAAGGAAGUAUGAUUUAUGAAAUUGUUGUAAAUAUACAUUACGCCACAAGAAUAAUGAUAACGAUACAUUGUGACUAAAACGUGUACCUUCCGUAGCUCCCAGCUGAAACGCAACAAAAUGACGUCUAACAAGACAAGCUGCGGUGCGACAGUGUACCACGAUUAUGAAAAUGAGAAGAUAGCGGUGUUGGUACAUAUUAUCAUAUACAGUAUUGUCUUCGCCCUCCUUGCUAUCAUUUCACUUGUCUGCUUGAUUCGAUUAAAAGUGAGACAGACAGUCACGCCGUUAGUUACAGCGUUAUUUGUUACCAUAUCAGCAUUCUGUAUUUGGCGAUUCCUGUACAUAGUUGUUGAUAGAUAUGGAAUUAAUCAUAGGCUGCAUCCAUUGUUUGAUCGGUUGUUAGCGGACUUGCCAUAUCCCUUUGUAACUUCGUCAUUCGCGUUGCUCAUUUGGUUUCUCGUACAGUGCUAUAAGCCGAGGCGCAUAAGCCGGCGACUGUUUGCGUAUCCCUGGAUUUUCUUAGCGAUUGGUAUACACUUUGGCGUGGUUAGCGUCGUUAGCAUGCUGGUGGUAUUCACAGAUACUUGCAUAAUGCUUACAGUCUGUCACUUUUUAACUUUAACGUGGAGUUUAAUUGUUAUUGGGUGCUUCAUAUACAUACUCCGUAAUAUUAUCGUCACUGAUCUUGAGACACGCGAUGUUCUAGAAGCAUCGCGUAAUUCUCGAUCAAUUGAACGAUCUUCGGGCUUCAAGUGGGCAUAUACUUGUCCUGGCUGGUUACUAAUGGACAUCUCAGAUACAAAUCCCAAAAUUAAAAAACUCAUCUACGUGUCCAGAGCAUCGAUAUCUCUUCAUGUUGUUUUUGCAAUUAUUACAACUUUCGCAAUGCUUUUUCUUGCUAAUCCUGCUUUUGAGAUAUCAGAUGAAGGGCGACUUUUCACGAUUUGGUUCACGUACGAAACUAUGGCAAGAUCAGUCGAGGCAGCAAUGGUAUUGACACUGUUGUAUUUGGUGGCCUAUAAAAGAACCAUUCCAAGUUCAGCCUCAAUAAGGGCGUUAACACAGACGUCAAGCACGAUAUCCCAGUCCCAGGCAAACCUAAUAUCAGAGGCACAGUCAAACGAUCUUCAUGAUAGUUCAGUUUAAAUUCAAGACGUAAAAACGAGAAUCAAUUACAAAACCUGAAAGUAUUCAAGAAUAGUUAAAUAAGAAUAGUUUGAACUGCUCAUAUCCAAGGUCAAUUGACAUAACAUAUGUUGUGUGAUGUUUGUUUAUUUCGAUUGGCCUUGAUACGAGAAUGCGCAGUUCAAACUACAAAUUGGCUUAUUGCAUGUUGGCUCGAGUAGAUAGGGCUACUUCAGGUCCUGUCAACUCAUCAAGUCACCGUUUUUACUUACUCGACAUAGUCUUUUUAAUAGACAUAUCAUCAUAUCAUAUCACAUCAUAUCAUAUCAUAUUUAUCAUAGUUUUUAUUAUAGUUUUUCCUUUUAAGAAAAAUAAGCUUAAACAACCAAAACACUUUGUUUGUUGUUGAUUUCAACUUUUUCUAUUUUUCCCUCACGUCGACCGAAACUAUACAGGCAUCGUAGCAGUCCAUUGCCUGACUAAGGCAGUCGAAAUGUCACCCAGUAAGUCCGUUUUGUUGUUGCUAUUUCUU